AUGACUAUCCCGGAGGAGUUUGACAUCAUCAUUUGCGGUGGUGGUAGUGCUGGGUGUGUCCCUGCAGGUCGCCUCGCGAAUCUGGACCAUAAUCUGUCUGUUCUAUUGAUUGAGGCGGGAGAAGACAAUCUGAACAAUCAAUGGGUAUAUCGUCCUGGCAUCUAUCCAAGAAAUAUGAAGCUUGAUUCAAAGACGGCCUCAUUCUACUAUUCCCGUCCGUCAGAGCAUCUUGACGGGCGCCAGGCUAUUGUUCCAUGUGCCAACAUUCUUGGAGGCGGAAGUUCCAUCAAUUUCAUGAUGUAUACCAGAGCUUCGGCCUCCGACUAUGAUGAUUUCCAAGCCAAGGGCUGGACAACUAAGGAGCUGCUGCCUCUUAUGAAGAAGCACGAGACCUAUCAGCGUUCCUGUAAUAACCGGGACCUGCAUGGAUUUGAAGGCCCAAUCAAGGUAUCCUUUGGCAACUAUACAUACCCGAUCGCUCAGGACUUCCUCCGAGCUGCAGAGUCCCAAGGGAUUCCUGUCACAGAUGACUUGCAAGACCUGAAAACUGCGCAUGGAGCCGAGCAUUGGCUGAAGUGGAUUAACCGCGACACUGGACGGCGAAGUGAUGCGGCUCAUGCAUAUGUCCACAGUACUCGUGCUAAGCACUCUAACCUUCACCUGAAGUGCAACACCAAGGUAGACAAAAUCAUGAUUGAAAAUGGUCGCGCCGUGGGUGUUGCGACCGUGCCGACCAAGCCUCUUGACGGUAAUGAUCCUCCCCGUAGGAUCUUCCGGGCUCGAAAGCAAAUUAUCAUCAGCGGUGGCACCAUGAGCUCCCCGCUUAUUCUCCAGAGAUCGGGUGUUGGUGACCCCGAAAAACUUCAGCGUCUUGGCAUCAAACCCCUGGUGAACCUGCCUGGCGUGGGCCGUAACUUCCAAGAUCACUACCUUACUUUCUCAGUUUAUCGGGCCAAGCCAGAGGUGGAGACAUUUGAUGAUUUCGUGCGAGGGGAUCCCAAGAUUCAGGAGAAAGUCUUCCAGGAAUGGAAUCAAAAGGGCACCGGCCCUUUAGCCACUAAUGGCAUCGACGCUGGGGUCAAGAUUCGUCCAACCCAGCAAGAACUGAACGAGAUGAAGAGGUGGCCCACUCCGGAGUUUGGGAGUGGAUGGGAGUCUUACUUCAAGAACAAGCCCGACAAGCCUGUUAUGCAUUAUUCCGUCAUUUCUGGCUGGUUUGGGGACCACAUGCUUAUGCCCCCGGGAAAAUUCUUCACCAUGUUCCAUUUCCUGGCAAGUAUUUGCUUCAUUCAGAUGCGCAAAGAGUACCCAUUCUCUCGAGGCUCUACCCAUAUUCAGUCGUCUGAUCCUUAUGCCGUUCCGGACUUUGACGCAGGCUUCAUGAAUGACAAGCGCGACAUGGCUCCUAUGGUUUGGGGUUACAUUAAAUCACGUGAAACUGCUAGACGAAUGAGCGCAUAUGCUGGAGAGGUGACUGGAAUGCACCCGCACUUUUCCUACGACUCGCCGGCUCGGGCGCGAGAUCUCGACCUGGCGACCACAAAGGCCUAUGCCGGUCCAAACCAUAUUACGGCUGGUAUUCAACAUGGAUCGUGGUCCGAACCACUAGAGGCUGGAAAGCAGCCCUCGGCUUCAACCCUCAGCUCCAACCGCCAUGAAGCCUAUCACUCGCUCGAGUAUAGCAAGGAAGAUAUUUCACACAUUGAGAAAUGGGUUAAACGUCACGUCGAGACCACCUGGCACUCCCUCGGAACCUGCAGCAUGGCCCCCCGUGAAGGAAGUUCAAUUGCACCUCAUGGCGGAGUCGUCGAUGAGCGCCUGAAUGUCCAUGGUGUGAAGGGGCUCAAGGUUUGUGAUCUUUCUAUCUGCCCAGAUAACGUUGGAUGCAACACUUUCAGCACUGCUCUUCUCAUUGGUGAGAAAUGUGCAGUUCUUACCGCCGAAGACCUUGGCUACUCUGGAGAUGUAUUGAAGAUGGAUGUACCCCCCUACCAUGCCCCAGGAGAAUUUGUCAACCUUGCUCGCCUGUGA